GCCAAUAGAGCGAGGGAAGCGGGCACGCUGCCUGUCCCCGCUGGCGGCGCGAGCGGCGUGGUGGCAGCGGCAGGGUCGGGGGGGCGCGGGGCGCGCCCCGGCGCAUGGAGGCGAUGCCCUGCCAGAACCAGCGGCUCGGCCCGCGGCCGCAGGACGAGCAGCCGGCGGCGGCGGCGGGCGGCGUCUCCCGGCUGAUCCGCUUCGCAGAACCCGGCGAGGACAGCGGCUGCCCCAGCCCGGACAGCAGCAGCGGCGGGAAUGGCGUGGCGGCGGCGGCACCGGCGAUCCCCGCGGGGGAGGGCGGCGCGGAGCCGAUCGGGCCGCAGCUGAAGCUGCUGCCCAUGAACGACCAGCUGCGGGAGCUGCAGACGAUCAUCCGGGACAAGAAAUCCAGUAGAGGAGACUUCGUAUUUUCUGCUGAUCGUCUGAUCAGACUUGUGGUUGAAGAGGGCCUGAAUCAGCUGCCAUACACAGAAUGUACCGUGACCACGCCAACAGGACACAAGUACGAAGGAGUCAGAUUUGAAAAGGGAAACUGCGGGGUCAGCAUAAUGAGAAGUGGAGAGGCGAUGGAACAAGGUUUACGAGACUGCUGUAGAUCAAUCCGCAUAGGAAAAAUCCUGAUACAGAGCGACGAGGAGACUCAGCGAGCGAAAGUGUACUACGCUAAGUUUCCACCAGACAUUUACAGGAGAAAAGUUCUUCUGAUGUACCCAAUACUAAGUACCGGUAAUACCGUCAUCGAGGCUGUCAAAGUCCUUGUAGAGCACGGCGUACAACCGAGUGUCAUUAUCCUGCUAAGCCUAUUCUCCACACCUCACGGUGCCAAAUCUAUCAUCCAGGAAUUCCCAGAGAUCACAAUUUUGACUACUGAAGUUCAUCCUGUUGCACCAACACACUUUGGACAGAAGUACUUUGGAACAGACUGACACACCCAGAACAAACGGAAAUGACUGUAUGAUGUGACAAGGUUUUGGGGGUGUUUUUAUCUACCUUUUAUUAUUGCCGAGUUGGUUGAGGGCAUGUUUAAAAACGUUUUUGGCCAAAGUGGGAAAUACUUGACUUAGAUGGGGGGGGUCAGUUACUGCCCGAGCGCUGAAUCAGGUGCAGUAACAGUGCCCUCUGUCACUGCAAAGUCCAGCAUCUCAAUGUCGGGGUUCUAGAAACUGCUACACUCUCUGCUUUAACUUAUUUAUUCUUCUGUAGCCUGUCUCGUGGCUGCUUGCAAGAGCAAAAUAAAACAACUGAAUCAAA